UCCAUCCAAACCCCCACGCGCCAUAACGCACCUACUACACACACAUACAUACAUCAAAACACGCAUACACAUUCAACUCCACCAAAUUUCACUAGGCCAACCACAAUGGCGAGCUUCCCCACUUUUCUCAAGUCCCAGCUCUUCUACAAGCCCAGACUGCCGCAGCCGGAAACAUUUGCUGGCAAGACGGUCAUCGUUACAGGCGCAAACACAGGUCUUGGCCUAGAAGCAACACGGCACUUUGUCCGCUGCGGCGCCGCAACCGUCAUCAUCGCAUGCCGCACGCUCUCCAAAGGCGAAGCCGCCAAGCGCGACAUUGAAGAAAGCGAGAAGCGCACCGGUGUACUCCAAGUCUGGGAACUAGACCUCUCCUCCUACGCCAGCGUCAAAGCAUUCACAAAGCGCUGCGAGACCCUCCCCCGUCUAGACGUCUGUGUCGAGAACGCCGGCAUAGCAACCGGCAAGUUCUCACGCGCAGAAGGCCACGAAGCCCACAUUACCGUCAAUGUGAUUUCUACGUUCCUGCUCGCACUGCUGCUCCUACCCAUCAUGCGCAGGUCAGCCUUCUCAACGGGAACAACGCCGUAUCUCACCAUUGUCACAUCCGAGGUCCACCACUGGACUCAGCUGCCGCAGAAGAAGGAACCAAGCAUCUUCGCUGCGCUGGACGAUGAGUCAAAAGCAGACAUGGCGGACCGCUACAACGUCUCCAAGUUACUUGAGAUCCUCGCGCUGAGGUACAUGACUAGAGUGCUGAUUAAGGAUCGUGCAAAGUAUCCCGUGGUCAUCAAUUGCGUUACACCGGGCCUGUGCAAGUCGGAUCUCGUCAAGGAUAUGGGUAUGGCGCCUGUCGUGUUCAAGACGUUGUUGGGUCGCACGGUGGAGGUUGGCAGCCGCACGUUGGUUAAUGCGGCGGCGCUACCUGAUAGCGCCGGGGAGUACAUCAUUGAUGAUCACGUGUCCGAGCCGUCGACGCUGGCUGUCAGUGAAGAGGGCGCGGCGUUAUCGAAGAGGGUUUGGUUCGAGCUGGCGGAUAUCUUGGAAAAGGCUUGUCCUGGGGUUACUCAAAACAUUGCUGCUUAGAUCUAUGAGCACACUGCGUUGACAGUGUUGUGCCGGUAGGUAGCAGACGUACUAUCUUAGAGGCACGUGACUCUUGGGAUCAUAUGAUUGCUAGUAAGACAUAAGGGGAAGGGUACAGCGACAACACUGCGGUGGCAUGAAUCUUUCCUUAUUUCAUUUUCCAUCCUCGUUCGACUAUAGUAUUUCCGUUCUAU